UUUCCGGAAACCACUAGUCAGCUGCUAGGAGGCUGAUGAUGUUUAUCCUCGAAUAAUCUCGUAGGCGAAUGUCGUCAGUUGUUAGUAUUUUCUUUAUAUAGUGUUUUGCUUUUUGAAAAAAGAGCUGACAAGCGCUUAAUUAUAAAAGGAAACCUCCUGCAGACUGAAAGAUGAAGUCUUUGUUUCUUUGUUUCUCUGUGGCUUGUUUUGUUCUGUUAAGCCAAGUGACAGCGAAGAAUUCCGAGGACAUUCGUUGUAAAUGCAUCUGUCCACCGUACAGAGACAUCGAGGGUCAAAUCUACAAACAAAAUGUUUCCCUCAAAGACUGUAACUGUCUCCAUGUAGUCGAGCCCAUGCCGGUGGAUGGUAAAGACGUGGAGGCGUACUGUUUGCGCUGUGAGUGUAAAUAUGAAGAGAGGAGCUCGGGGACCAUUAAGGUAACCAUCAUCAUGUACCUCUCUAUUCUGGGCCUGCUGCUGCUCUACAUGGUCUACCUGACUCUGCUGGAGCCCAUAUUGAAGAGGCGUCUGUUUGGGCACUCGCAGCUCAUCCAAAGUGAUGACGAUGUUGGGGACCAACAGCCUUUUGCGAACGCUCACAACGUCCUGUCCCGCUCUCACUCUCGACCCAACAUGCUGAACAAAGUGGAGCACGCUCAGCAGCGCUGGAGGAGGCAGGUCCAGGAACAGAGAAAGUCUGUGUUCGACCGCCAUGUUGUUCUCAGUUAAAGUCCAGUGUGCCCUGUGAUCAACAGUUACUGAUGGUGGAGCAAAAAAACAAACAAACAAGAAAAACACUGUGAUGGAGCCCUCAGUUUAUAUAUCGCUUCCUUUCUCUCAUUUGUGAUGUGAGGCUUCUGAGUUGAUCAAUGUGAAGGAGUUUGGUCCCCUGCAGGUGUAAAUUCCAGGUUGGGAACUUUUCAUUUAGUCUGCAGCACAAGAGGCAACAGUUACUCAGUUUUGCACAAUAUUUACUGAACAGUCUUGCAUAGCAUUCCCAAGAGCUGAAUUUAAUCUCUGACUGAUAACUGGUUUGCUGAAGUGCCAAGUCACCGGAGAAUUUCAGAUUCAAAUUUGAUGGUAGAAGCGACUUCGUCAAUGUAAGAUAAAGAAACAUAUUUCAAGUCAAUAUUUUAUGGCAUCAUUUGACUUUUCCUGCCCACAGUUUGAAAUGAAGCCAUCAGUCCAAAGUUGACCACAUUUUCAACGUACAAGAAAAAUAAAACUAACCAGAUGUUUGCUGGAUAACUGGACCCUGUUAAUAGUGAAGUAAAAAAACAUUGAAAUACUGCUCUCAUCUCAGGAGGAAGGACAAUGUGUAAAAUGAUCAUCUUUCAGCCUUCUUUGAAAAUGCAUGUUUUAUAAUGAACCUUUUAUAAUUGUGUUUUCAAUCCUCCAUUCCUACCAUAAUGUCUGCUGUGAAGAAAUCGUCAUUUAAUGCAUUCUAUUUGACAUUUGAACAUAUGAUAUGCGCGGAACCUCAUCUCUUAAAUUGAUGCAAUUUCUUGGUGAUGUCAUAGUGAACGUAGCUGUGCUAUUGACCCUCAUCUCAUUUUUGUUGGUUUUUUUUGGAAUCAGUACCCUCUUCAACUGUUUAAACAAAUCUAAUAAAACGUCUGUGAUUUUCUAACAUCAGUACCAUUUUGAAGGUCCUUGUUGUUCGUUGGGCUUCAUUAGAACACAGUGCGGUGUUAUUCUGAGGUGAUUUUCUGUGUGAUGGGGCUGUGUGAAUGAAGAAGAAUCAGACCUAUAGAAGUGUUCUUAACUAUUGUACAUGUGAAACCUUUAAAUUCGAAAUAAAUGUAUGUCAUAUUUGUCA